AUGAAUCAUACUGAAAUUUCUUAAGAAGAGCCUCUUCUAGAAAAGAAAUCCUAAAGACCUCCUGGGUUGUUAUCGAGAACCUUAUUUCUUUAUGUUUUUCCAUUACUCAGACUAGCCAAUAAAACUCCAUUAGAAUUUGAAAUGGUUAAAGACUUAUAAAUAGAGGAUUAAAGUGAAUCAUUAUUUAAUAGAAUGAAUUCAACCUUUUAGAUUUACAAACAUGAAAGAUUUGCACUUUACAAAUCCCUUUUUUUUACAUUUAAAAGUAUAUUCUUAAUAGUAAAUGUAGAACAAUUUUUUAUAGUGUAUAUCAUAAUCUUAAUUUGGAAUAUUUCUUUAAUGUAUGGUCCUAUUAUGAUUCGUUAAACUCUCUCUUAUAUUGACAAUUCUGAACAUACUUUAGGCAAAAGCUUUUAAUGGUUAGGUAUAAUAAUAGUUGUUAGAGUUUUUAAUGCAAUAACUUAUUAAAAUAGUUUCUAUAUGUUGGUAUUUUAAAUGAUUAAAAUUUUAGAGAAAACUAGGAUAUGAUUAACAUUCAGCAGUUAGUGUCUCUGUGAUGAAAAAAACUCUAAAUGUAUCAUUUUAGAGUAAUAAGCAAUACAAGACAGGUGAAAUAAUGAAUAUUAUGUAAGUUGACUUAUAAAGAAUAUUAUAAUUUAAUAUAGCUGUAGCUUCAGUUAUUUUUUUACCAUUUUAAAUAGGAAUCUCUUUUUAUUUAUUAUUUGAUUUUAUUGGUGUUUCAUGUUUAGCUGGUUUUGGUGUAAUGAUUUUAGGAUUACUGAUAAAUUUUUUACUUGGAAGAUGGGGUUGGAGAUUGUAAAAAUAAGUGAUGGUUGCAAAAGAUAAUAGAACAAAAUAAGCAUAUGAAAUAUUUUCUUAAAUUAAAUUUAUUAAAGCAAAUGCUUUUGAGGAUUAUUUUAAAAAUAAAUUAUUAAAAUUUAGAGAAAAGGAGAUUCAAUUAAUUAAAAAGAAAAAUAUUGUGAGUGGUUUAUUUACAUUAGCAUUUUUAAUGACACCAUAACUUACAUUAAAUGUUACUUUAGCUGUAUAUAUAUGGCUUUAAUAUAAUCUAACACCUGCUGAUACAUUUACUAUAAUCAGUUUAUUUAAUAUCUUACAAUAAUCUGCUAGUGCUUUACCAAGCUUUAUUAAUUAAAUUAUUGAAGCCAAUAUAAGUAUUAAAAGAAUAUAGAAUUUCUUAUUAACUGAUGAACUUAUGAAUGAUUGUAUUUAAAAUGUAAAUGAUGUUCUUGGAAAUUCUAUAGAAAUUGAAGGAACUUUCUUUUGGGAUUAAAUCAAAAAUAAUUAAGAUCCCAAUAAAUCUACUUAUAUUGUACCAAUAAAUUAAGUAAUAGAUCCAAUUUUAAGAAAUUUACAAUUAAAAAUUUAAAUUGGUGAAUUUGUUACCAUAAUUGGAGAGUAAUUAAUAUAUUUAUAUAAUUUAGUGUUGCAAGUGGCAAAAGUUCUUUAAUAAGUGCAAUUUUAGGAGAAAUGGUUUAUAAUGUUUAAAGAUAAGCACCAACCAUAAAAAUAAAUGGAAGAGUAGCUUAUGUAAGUUAAAAGAGUUGGAUAUAAAAUGCUACUUUAAGAGAUAAUAUUUUGUUUGGUUUGCCUUAUGAUGAAAAGAAAUAUAAUGAUGCUAUAAAAUAUUCUUGUUUAGAAUAAGACAUUAAAAUUUUAGACAAAGGAGAAACUACUAUGAUUGGAGAGAAAGGUGUUAAUUUGAGUGGAGGAUAAAAAGCUAGGAUUAGUUUAGCCAGAGCAUUAUAUAGUGAUUGUGAUAUCUAUUUAUUGGAUGAUCUAAUAAGUGCAGUUGAUAUGCAUGUGGGCAAAUUUAUAAUAGAGAAAUGUUUAUGUGAACAUUUGAAUGGUAAAACUAUAAUAUUAAUUACUCAUGCUCUUUAUUCUUGUUAAUUUGCUGAUAGAAUUAUUUUAAUGGAUAAUGGUUAAAUAAUUAAGGAAGGAACUCUUGAUGAUAUUAAAGAAUGUGAUAAAUUUGAUUAAAUUUAUUAAAAAUAUUUUAAAGAAUAGAAAAAUGAAUAGAAAGAUGAUUAGGAAGAAGAAUUAGAAGUACUAAAAUUAUAAAAAAAAAAAUCAUCUACAUAAUAUAUAAAUAAUACUAAUAAGGAUUAAGUAGAUGAUUUAAUGAUUUUAGAAGAUAGAAAAGUUGGUAGUGUUUAAUCAGAUGUAUAUAAAGAAUAUUUUAAAAUGAAUGGAGGAUGUUUAUUCUUUACAUUCAAUUUAAUUGUUGUUAUUAUAUAAGUUAUAGCUAGAUUUGGAUCACAAAUAUGGUUGGCAAAAUGGUCUGGAUAAAAUGACUUAACAUAUGAUGAAAACUUACAUAAUCUAAUGAUUUUCUCUUUCUUUUCUCUAAGUUUUGGCUUUUUUGCUUUGAUUCGUAUUUUAACUUUAUCUAGAGAAAGUGUUAAUACUGCUAAUAAAAUACAUACAAGAAUGAUAGAGUAAUUCUAAUUAUAUUAUUUAUUAGUUAAUUACUUUAUGCACCAUUAUGUUAAUUUUUUGAAAGGAUUCCAUUAGGUGUAUUAAUGAAUCGAUUGACUAAAGAUUAAUCAGUUUUAGAUACAGAAAUUCUAUGGACUAUAUCUAUUCUAUAUAUUAGUUGCUCUAAUUUUAUAGGUAAUUUAUUUAUUUUAUGAUAAAUUUUAGCAAGUACACUAAUCAAUGUUUUUAGUAGUUCUUAUUAUAUUAUUUUUCCAGUUUUGAUAUUCUUAUAUGCAGUUUGGAAAGUUUAAAGAUUUUAUAUGGCUGCAAAUAGAGAACUCUAUAGAUUGGAAUCUAUAAGUAAAAGUCCUAUUUUAAGUUUCUUCUCUGAAACAGUGAAUGGAUUGAAUAUAAUAAGGGCAUUUAGGAAACAAGACUAAUUUUUAAAUAGACACACAAAAAAUAUUGAUUUAAAUAGGAAGAUAUAAAUAGCUUAAUUAUAAACUACAACAUGGUUUUCAAUGAAUUUAACAUUCACAAGUUUUAUAGUAAAUAUAUCUGCUAUUGCUUUUGUUUUGUUUUUUGGUAGUGAGAAUCCUGCAUUAGCUGGUUUACUUAUGACAGUUGCCACUGUUAUUGAUAAUAGCUUAUAAUCAGCGAUUAAUUCUAUCACUUAAGCAGAAACUUAAUUUAUAUCCUUUGAAAGAUGUUUAGCAUUUGCUAAAAUAGAACAUGAAAAUGGUUAUAAAUUAAAGAAGGAUUAUAUCUAAAAUUGGCCUUAAGUAGGAGAUAUUAAAAUAGAUUAAUUAAUUGUUAAAUAUAGAGAAAAUCUAUCACCAGCCUUAAGAGGACUUAAUGUUGUGAUAAAAAGUUAAGAGAAGAUUGGAGUUGUAGGUAGAACCGGAGCUGGAAAAUCAACUGUCACUUUAUCUUUAUUAAGAAUUCUUGAAGCUUCAAGUGGUUCUAUUAUAAUUGAUGGAGUGGAUAUAUCAACCUUAAAUUUAAAAUAGUUAAGAGAAUCAAUAACAAUGAUAUUAUAAGAAUCAACUCUAUUUGAAGGAACCUUAAGAGAGAAUCUUGACCCAUUACAUUAACAUACAGAUUAAGAAUUAAAUGAUGUAGCCUUACAAUGUUGUUUGGGAGAGUUAUUACUGUAAAAAAAAGGCUUGGAUUCUGAGAUAUCAGAAAAUGGAGAUAACUUAAGUGCUGGAGAGAAAUAAUUGAUAUCAAUAGCCAGGGCAGUUUUAAAAUAAUCUUAGAUAAUUUUAAUUGAUGAAGCAACGGCUAACAUUGAUAUUGAUACAGAAUCAAAAAUCUAACAGACAAUUUAAACAGCCUUUAAAAAAUGUACAGUAAUAACGAUUGCUCACAGAAUCAAUACUAUUAUGCAUUGUGAUAAGUAAUAGAUGUUAUUAAUUUAUUAGAAUAUUAGUUAUUGAUUAAGGAGAGGCCAAAGAGUUUGAUGAACCUUAAAAUUUACUAGAUAAUAAAUCUUCCAUUUUUUAUAGUUUGUACUUAUAGGGUAAAAAAAGUAAUAAGAUCUGA